CUUUUUUUUUUCUCUAAAGACACUAUUCACUAUGGAUCCCAAUAACAACGAGGCCACCAGAUUAUGGAGAGUUUACCGUACUGCACACCAAAUGGUGCAUGAUAGAGGCUAUGCUGUCACUCAAGCAGAACUCGAUAUGGACUUGGAGUCUUUCAAACGUACAUUUGCUCCUUCUGGUGAUGUCGAUCGUGAUCAAUUGACUUUUGUAGUUCAAAAGAAAGACGAUCCUACUGAUCAAUUACUCGUCUUUUUCCCCAAAGAUCCUUCUGUGGGUGUGAAGCCUUUGAGAGUGUAUGUUGAACGUAUGGCACAACAACAAAUCCCCAAGGGUAUCUGUAUCUAUCAAAAAAACAUGACCUCUUCUGCCAACAAGGUCAUUCAAUCAUUACCUUCAAAGCAUACAUUAGAAUCCUUCCAAGAAAACGAACUAUUAGUCAACAUUACACACCAUGUUUUGGUUCCUAAGCACGAAGUCUUGACUACAGAUGAAAAGGCCACCUUAUUACAAAGAUACCGUUUAAAGGAGACUCAAUUACCUCGUAUUCAACACUCUGAUCCUGUUGCUAGAUAUUAUGGUUUGAAGCGUGGACAGGUUGUCAAAAUCUUGAGAGAAAGUGAAACUGCUGGUCGUUAUGUUAGUUACAGAUUGUGUAUUUAAAUAGAGAAAGAGAAAGGGAAGGGAAGCAGAUUUAAUAAAAGAAAAAAGAAACUGUAUACAUUUAUUAAAACCAAGGAAUAUCAUACGUA